GGACCGACUCGAUCGAUUUUAUUAUAUGGUACUGAUCAGAUCACCAAACUAAUUCCGGUUCAAUAAUAAACUUGGUCUUAUGACUGAAGAAAUCUCAGUGGAAAACUCAAAUUCCGGUUAGACUAUUUUUGCGGAUAUCCGAAAACUCAAAUCCAAACCAGCAAAAACGCAAAAAAAAAAAAAAAAAUUAUAUUUCUUUUGAAAAUUUAUGGAGAUAGUUUUUCUUAUAGCCAAAUAUAUAUAGUUUCUUCUUAUUUGUCAAAAAAAAAAAAGUUUCUUCCCAAUGAGCUUCUCUGCAACGUCCUCAAUUGCCUUGGGCGGUGGAUCCCCUGAGGCUUCUGCUGCCAAAAUCACCUCAAAGCGUCCGAAAUAUUCAAGAUUUACACAACAGGAGCUUCCAGCAUGCAAACCAAUUCUUACUCCAAAAUGGGUGAUUCUGACCUUUCUUGUCUCCGGGGUUGUCUUUAUCCCUCUCGGAGCGAUUUGCCUGUUUGCGUCUCAGGGUGUCAUCGAAAUUGUUGAUCAAUAUGACAUAGACUGCAUUCCAUUAUCCUUUAGAGACAACAAAGUGAGGUACAUACAGGGCAUAGAAGAUAAGAGGUGUAACAGAACAAUAACGGUGACAAAAACUAUGAAGAAUCCUGUCUAUGUAUAUUACCAGCUUGAGAACUAUUACCAAAAUCAUCGACGGUAUGUGAAAAGUCGACAAGAUGGACAAUUGAGAAGUCCAAAAGAUGAAAACGAUGUGAAAUCAUGUGCGCCAGAGGAUACAGUAGGUGGUGAACCUAUUGUCCCUUGUGGUCUUGUUGCUUGGAGUUUGUUCAAUGAUACUUAUGACUUCACUAGAAACAACCAAAAACUAUCUGUGAAUAAGAAAGACAUCUCAUGGAAAAGCGAUAGAGAUUCAAAGUUUGGUAAAAACGUCUUCCCCAAAAAUUUCCAGAAAGGAUUUCCCAUCGGCGGUAAAAGUCUUGAUCCAAAGAUUCCAUUGAGUGAGCAAGAAGACUUAAUAGUGUGGAUGAGAACUGCAGCUCUACCAAUAUUUAGAAAGCUGUAUGGUAAAAUAGACACUGAUCUUGAAGCUGGAGAUACCAUAAACGUGUUGUUGCAGAACAAUUACAACACUUAUAGUUUCAAUGGAAAGAAAAAGCUUGUGCUAUCUACCACUAGCUGGCUUGGUGGAAGAAAUGAUUUCCUUGGGAUUGCUUAUUUAACUGUUGGUAGCAUAUGCUUGUCCUUGGCUGUUUUCUUCUCCGUCCUGUAUCUAGCAAAGCCAAGGCAACUGGGAGAUCCAUCUUACUUGUCAUGGAACAGGAGUGCUGGAGGUGGACGAUGAUAGAUCUGUUUACUAUGUUAUGUUUUUCUCUUUGUUGUUGUAACCUUACUAUGUUAUGUUACCAGUCACACCCUUUGUAUUCACUAAGCAUAAAUUUACAGACUUUGAUUCAUUAAGAAACUGUUGAGACAA